AUGAAACUUGUUCAAUGGAGUAUUCUUCUUGGUGUUUCUAGCAUGGCUCUUGCAGCCACUCCUGCUAUUAAUUUAGAACAUGAAUCUCACUUGCAGCGUCGUGCACUAGAAUUAUCAGAACAAGAUGUGCACAUGUUUGCUCGCUCGCCUAUACCAGUAAUCCCAACAGCACAAGGAAUAGCGGAUGGAGGAACUUUGUCGGGAAUACAGCAAAACCCAACAAACGCUGUGCCUGGAAAUUCAGGUCAAUCAAUUUGGACUCCGGAGUUGAAAGCACGAAUAAACGGUCUGGCAAAUAUAGGAGGCAAAGCAAAAGAAUCCAUAGCCCAGGCUGAACGAAAUAUGGGUAGUUCGGGUCAACCACUUUUGAAUUCACAACAAAAAGCAAGUUUAGAAAAAAUAUCACAGGAUGGGCAGAGACUAAAACGGAUCAUAGACCACGUUGAUAAAACGGGAGUCCAUUUAGGACAACCUUUAGGCAGUUUGGGAUUUUCAGAUCUGAGUCCAAAGACACGAGCAAAUCUAAUAAACUUGGAAGGAGCGAAAAGGCGACUAGAAGAAAAUGUGAACAGAGUCAUUCAGAAGGUGCCCAAAUCAAAGCAACAACCAGGUGGUUCAAAAUUGCCAGAGCGUAUAAGCCCACAAAUGAAAGAAAGAAUAACAAGCUUGGAGCAACAGAUGAAAGGACGUAGUGAACCAGGAGAUGGUGUGGUCAAAACUAAACAAGAUAAACACAAGCCGUCGCAACAAUCAGGUGGUUCAAAAUUGUCAGAGCGUAUAAGCCCACAAAUGAAAGAAAGAAUAACAAGCUUGGAGCAACAGAUGAAAGGACGUAGUGAACCAGGAGAUGGUGUGGUCAAAACUAAACAAGAUAAACACAAGCCGUCGCAACAAUCAGGUGGUUCAAAAUUGUCAGAGCGUAUAAGCCCACAAAUAAAAGAAAGAAUAACAAGCUUGGAGCGACAGAUGAAAGGACGUAGUGAACCAGGAGGCAGUUCGAAAUUGCCAAAAAGUGAAAAAAAAGCUUUACGCAUGGAACAAAAGAAAGUUGCCAGAGCUCAGGUCAUAGCACAAAAGAAAGUGCAACUUUCUACAACUUUUGGAAAAAUGAUGGGAAAGUAA